CAUGAAAUGUGUAACAAAUAAAGGCAACAGUAGUAUACCGCUGUUCAGAAGUCAUAAAUCGAUUGAGAGAAAACAAAUCCGGGUUACAAACUAACACCGAGGGUAACACAUCAUCUAUAAGAGGAUAACAACGGAACAACAGAAACACUGAAGUGCAACAAAAACAAUCGCCAACAAACAUAGAAACGAACUAUUUGAUAACAACUGCUAUAUUCCUGACUUGGUACAGGACAUUUUAAGAAAAAAUGAUGGGUUGAACUUGGUUUUAUGGCUAGCCAAACCUCCCGCUUAUAUGGCAAUGUAAAAAAAUAUUGCUUAAAUGACACCACUAUGUGACAGGAAUACAGCACAAACAAACGGAAGAACACUCUGCACAGAGAAACUCGCAAAUAGAUAAUAAAAUAGUCGUUACAACAUGUAAACCGCAGAAUAACAACGAACAUCUUCCAUUAACGACAGCACAGGACAAAACAAACAGUGACGUAUUUUGUGACUAAUAUAUAACUUAAAAUUAACAAACCGUUUAUCAAUUUCAGAACGAAUUAUAAUAACUAAAGCAUUAUGACCAAGUGUUGCUGUUUGAUUGUAAUAAUCCUCUGUACGAUUGGUGUUUCUAAUAGCGAAGGACUCACUAGAAAAUGUCGGGCUUUAAAUGGUAAAUGUGGAAGAAAAAAUGUUACUUGUGAUGACACGUUUGGGUCAGGAUGGGCAAGUGAAGGCAGAUGUUGUAAUGAAAGACCAUGUUGCAAAUAUUCAACAGUCGUUACAAGUUACAGCUGUGGAUUUGAGUCUGAUGAACCGUGUAUUUUCAAGAAUUCAUUGGAGUAUGAUUUUGCUUGGACGAGAACUAAUAAUACUAGUCCCACCAAUAAUACGGGAACUUUGCCCCAAACACCAGCCAAGGGAAAUUACUACAUAUAUGUAGAACUAUCUUCUCCAGCUGUGGGCAAAGCUGUACUCACAACUGAAGCUGCUGACUUACAAGGUACAUUUAUGUAG